UCCCAGCCCGUCAAAAUGUUCAAAACUCUGUUCGUGCUCGCCGCCCUCGCUGCCGCCGCUCAGGUCCACGCCCAUCCCGGCGUCGUGGCCGUGCAUCCCGUUGUGGCGCACCCCGUGGUGGCGCAUCCCGCUGUGGUGCACUCGCCCAUCAUCCAUCAUGGCGCCCACUCGGUGCACUCACACGUCGUGCACCAUCCGGCAUCCGUGAAGGUCGUCACCCCGAUUGUCGCCAAGCCUGUGGUGGCGGUGCAUGCCAUCAAGCCGCUGGUGCCCCUAGUGCCCGUGCACCAUGCCGCACCCGCUCUGGUCGUGCACCAUUAACUGCACCCCUGAACCCUAGCCCAUCCCCAUCCACGCC